ACGAAUCAGCUGCCGCUGGCAGCGGUGGCGAUUUCUGUUGCCUUUACGGCGGUCUUCUUAGUUUUCUAUUUGAGGUUUCCGAGAAGAAGAUGAUAUCAUCACUAUACUUACAUUUGGCAAAUGCACUUCUGGUACAAUUUGACACUUGUUUAUCAAAAAUGCAUUUGCCAAAUGCAAUUCUGAGACGAAAACAAGGUUGUCACACUAUUAAAGAGGAGGAAGAACAAAAAGGAGGAUGAAUACUGACAUUACAGCUUCUGCAAAGCCUGAAUAUCAAGUGAUAGAUAGAAACCCGCCCUUCACAAAGGUGGUGUCCAAUUUCAACACCCUCGAUUACCUCCGAUUCACCACCAUCACUGGUAUCUCUGUCACCGUCGGCUAUCUCUCUGGUAUAAAGCCAGGGAUAAGGGGUCCAUCAAUGGUGACAGGAGGACUUAUUGGGCUGAUGGGUGGGUUCAUGUACGCUUACCAGAACUCUGCUGGAAGGCUCAUGGGCUUUUUCCCCAAUGAAGGAGAGGUAGCUAAGUACAAGAAAUCACUAUCUAUCUAAGCCGGUUUCGUUUUUUCUUUUCCCAAUCCAGGAACUUGGGGUCUAUUUCAAUAUAACACUUUUGUAGUGAUGUGAUAUUCUGAAUAAUCAUACUGCUUUUAAUGUUUCAAUUUGAAUCUA